AUGCUUUCUCACGCUCUUUUUUGCUUAGCCGCUACUGUAGCUGCCAUGAUCCAGCCUGCCAUAGGGUUGCCUACUGAACAGCUUGAAGCUCGGCAGACUGUAUGCUCGCUAAACGAAAAGACCUGGACAGCUACCAUGACCGGAACGUGCUCCAUUGACGGAGGCCCUGCAAUGACUUGUGAUCAGAGAACCGAUCUCAAGAAUCUCGUCGUAAAGCAAAACACGAUGCUAAGCGCCACAGGCUUGGGAAAUAACAAAUUCGAAUGCAAAGGAUACCAAAAUUGGCAAUGCUGCUCCUCUAAUUAA